AUGAGUGUUAGUGGUAUACCUAUUAAGCUCCUGACGGAGUCUCAGGGCCAUAUUGUAUCCUUAGAGCUCACCACAGGGGAGGUUUACCGUGGCAAGCUAGUUGACAGUGAGGACAAUAUGAAUGUGCAAUUGAGGGAUGUCACAGCUACAGCUAGAGAUGGCAGCGUAACAAGAAUGGAUCAUUUAUUCGUACGUGGAUCCCAUAUACGAUUUUUUGUUGUUCCUGAUAUUCUGAAGAAUGCUCCAAUGUUCAAACAGGGCCCUACAUCAAGACCACCACCGCCAAUCCGUGGUCCAAAGAGAAAGUGA